ACGUCCUCGGAUAUGAUCGUGAAGAUUGUGGAGGAUCUGCACAACAUGGAACAGGAGGAGACGUCGUGUGUCGCCAAGUCCAAGAUCCUGAUCAUCUCUCACGAUAUUCACACGCGGCUGUACCAGCAGUGGUCAUCACGCACGCUCGACAUUGUGGAGCAUGGCAUUGAGGCCUUCGACACCAACGAGACGUUUGAGAACCUGAUAGUGGACCUUCUCACACAACUGCUCAAGCUAGCUGUCUUCUUGAUGAAACAGCCCAAGCUGAACCUGAAAAAUGCCAUGGAUGCCCUCCACGAGAAAGUCCCUGAUCUGCUCCCCCAGCAAUCGGUGGUUCACUAUCUGCUGGAGGAGAAUGACAGCUCCAUGAGUACACCUAGUGAGUUCCUCACUCUGUACCAGAGGCCGUUUGACACAAGCCUAGAGAGUGAUAUGGUUUGGCCGAUCCCCACACGACUGUUUCCCUACAACUAACUAGGGGCAAAGUUGCCACCCUUGAGAAUGAUAAACACAUGUUCACAUAAUGUCGUCCUGGUAUCCGGAGGAUCUACACGAGGCAGCGGGGUACAAAACCAAAGGCCAACACUGUGGCUAACUACUACACGGGAGUCCACUCACUAUGAACUUGGAUGGAAUGAAUUUUCGCUUAGCUUGAGCUAUCACUGAUCACUUUGGUCCAAAUUGUUUCCUGUUGUGUUUAGCAAUAAAUGAAGUCCGAAUGACAAUAAUGAUUUGAAUGCCUUAAAGAUGUGUGGAUUUUGCUUGUAUCCUUUUAGUGACCCCCACCCCUCCCUCCCAAGCCACCCUCGUACACACACAAGGAAAAGAAAGUAAUUUCUUGUAGACAACACUCUACAUGAAAGAGAGAACUCACAGGCCAGUUGACAAAAGUAAAGAGCAUCAUUUAAAUAUGAAUGAAAGUGACUACAACCAUAUUGUCUGGCAAUGUUUGUUGCAGUUUUUGCCCUGUUCAUUUCUCUGAGCACUUUCAUACAUAGAUGUACAAUGCCCCCCCCCCCCAGCUAUAACAGGACUGCUGCAGUCAACAUGAUGGCCAAAUCAUGUUAUAAUAUAUAGAUGUGGGCCACAUUUACAUAUUAUAUGCUGUAACCAGUAAUUCACGAAUGGGAUUACUUUUUAUAACAUACAAACUUAGAGACUGCCUACUUCCAGUUUAUCAGUUAUUGCUUUUUUUUUCUAGUGAUAUGUUUUGUCUCCCCAUCUUCAUCUUCCCUUUUCUAGUAAUUUUGUACCACUAUCUUUAAUUUUUAGUCUCUUGGAGGUUGACUAGACAUCAUAAUUUAAGAUGCACAGGUAACAAUAAUAAUUGCAUAUAUAAUUUAAAUGUAGACAUAAUUUCAAGAUGCACAGAGGUAACAGUGAUACAGUUGCAUAUCAUAUUAUUGUUACCACAGCUAGGAAAAAGGAACCAACUUUGAUACUGGCUGGAUUUGCAUCAACACCAAAGUGCAUUCAGCUUUCCCCCCUCCAUCCUCCGCAAACAUGAUGACAUUACACAUCAUGCAAUGCGCACACAAUCAGCUGUUGAGGCUUACUGUGGGUCACGCUGGUGCAGUUCACUAUGUUGAAUGUUGCUUUGUUGCUUCAUCUGCUUUUUUCUUCUGUCUUGUUCAUUUGUUUUCAAUGGGAUUUUUUAAUGGUUGGAUCGCUGUUAUUGCCGAGAAUGUCCGCCUGAAUGCCUGCUUUAAAAGAACUUUUUUACUUUACGUUAUCUAAGAGACUGGGCUUGGGGAUUUCUUAUAAGCUUGCUAUAGCCAGAAUCCUGUUAUAACCAUGACUGUUAUAGAUGGGGCCCACUGUAUAUAUUAUAAUACAAAUUGUGUAUUGAGCUAGUUAAAAUAAACCAAAAGAUUUUUUCCUUAGCCAAUUAACCCCCAUUGUAUCUCAACAUUCUAACUAACAGACAGACUUGUGAAGACAGAAGAUGCAGGAAUGCUGGGGUGGUCAUUGUGGGUGAGGGAGGGGGAUGGGAACAGAGGCUGGAGAGAAGGCUUGCUGGCUGUUCUCUCUCCUCAUGUCAGUCCAUUGCCAGACACUCUGCUGUGAUAGUUUGCGUGUAAUUGUACAAUUUGCGUGUGUGUGCCUGUAGAAAGGUCCCAGUUGUCAGAAAAUUUGGAUACCGAUAUAUUUAAAUAAAGGCACGUUCUUGUGGCACA